AUGUAUUCCGACAACGGAACUAAUUUUGUGGGGGCUCGCAACAAGAUGGAAGAAUUCCUUAGACUGCUGAAGAAUCGCAAUCACCACGAGGUAGUGUCAAAAAAAUGCGCCAAGGAUGGAAUUCAAUGGCAUUUCAACCCACCAAGCGCACCACAUUUCAGUGGCCUUUUGGAGGCAGCAGUUCGAUCCGUCAAAAAACAUCUGCUCAAGGUUGUUGGUGAAACGCCGAUGUCGUCAGAGGACUGUAACACCCUGUUAGUACAGGUGGAAGGCUGCCUCAAUUCUCGCCCCCUAACACCAAUGUCCGAUGAUCUUAACGAUCUGGAGCCAUUAACACCAGCACAUUUUUUAAUCGGUUCAUCCUUACAUGCCUUACCUGAACCGGAUCUUACUACGAUACCUAUUAAUCGACUACAGCACUGGCAACUAACUCAACGUAGGUUGCAAGAAUUUUGGACCAGAUGGCGUAGGGACAGUAUCUCUGUCAGCUGCAAGCGAGGACGAGACGAUGGAAACCAGCGGUUCAAAUUGAAGUGGGAAAGCUGGUUGUGA